AUGGCAGAAUCAAUGCAAGUCGACCUGCCUGUAAUUGACGAGAGCUUGUACUCGAGACAGCUCUAUGUCUUGGGUAAGGAAGCCAUGCUCAAAAUGCAAAACGCCAACGUAUUAAUAAUCGGUCUUAGAGGUCUCGGUGUGGAGAUCGCCAAAAACGUCGCUCUUGCCGGUGUCAAGUCAUUGGGCCUUUACGACCCCAAGCCUGUCGAAAUCCAGGACUUGUCUUCUCAAUUCUUCUUAUCUGAAGACGACAUUGGCAAGCCAAUCGCAGACGUGACAGCCACCAAAGUUCUGGAAUUGAAUCUGUACGUGCCCAUUUCCGUGGCCUCAGACAUCUCAGAGUCUACUUUGGUCAAAUAUAAGGUUGUGGUGGCAACAAACUUGUCCUUGGAAGAGCAGGUUAAGAUCAAUGAAUUCACCCACAAGAACGACAUCGGUUUCAUUGCAGCCGACACGAGAGGUCUUUUCGGUCGAUUGUUCGUCGACUUGGGCGAGGCCUUCCCUGUUAUUGACCAGACUGGUGAAGAGCCCUUGACGGGUAUCGUGUCGGACAUUGAGGCUGACGGCUCCGUCACCAUGUUGGAUGACAACAGACACGGCUUGCAAGAUGGCGACUACGUCAAGUUCUCCGAGGUCGAAGGUAUGCCUAAGCUUAACGAUGGCUCUCCCCACAAGAUCGAGGUUCUUGGGCCUUACGCCUUCAAGAUUCAGAUUGACGAAUCCUACGGUACUUAUGUCAAGGGUGGAUUGUACACCCAGGUUAAGAUGCCUUCCAAACUCAACUUCAAGUCUCUCAAAGAGCAGUUGGCCGAGCCCGAGUAUGUGUUUUCGGAUUUCGCCAAGUUCGAUCGUCCACCACAGCUUCACUUGGGAUUCCAGGCCCUUCAUGCGUUCCAGACGAAGCACCAAGGCAAACUACCACGUCCUUGCCAUGAAGAAGAUGCCAACGAGUUUUUGAGAUACGUUGAAGAGUUGAAUGCUCAAAACCCCUCCAUUUUGGGUGAGGCGGAAAUCAACAAGAAGCUCUUAAAGGAGUUGUCUUUCCAAGCCACUGGUGAUGUGCCUGGCGUGUCAGCUUUCUUCGGAGGUUUGAUUGCUCAAGAAGUCUUGAAAUGCUGCUCCUCAAAGUUCGGUCCUGUUAAGCAGUACCUUUACUUCGACUCCUUGGAAUCUUUGCCCAAGCCAGAAGACUUCCCCAGAACCACUGAAACCACCCAGCCAGUUGGUUCCAGGUACGAUGGACAAAUCGCUGUGUUUGGUUCUGAGUUCCAAAAGGCUAUCUCCAACCUCAAGGUAUUCUUGGUUGGCGCUGGUGCAAUUGGUUGUGAGAUGUUGAAGAACUGGGCUAUGAUGGGUUUGGGCUCUGGUCCUAAUGGUGGUAUUAUUGUCACCGAUAUGGACUCCAUCGAGAAGUCCAACUUGAACAGACAGUUCUUGUUCAGACCAAAAGAUGUUGGAGGCAACAAGUCUGAUAUUGCAGCCAAGGCGGUACUGGCCAUGAACCCACACUUGGUCGGUAAAAUCGAGUCCAAGUUGGAUAAAGUUGGUCCUGAUACCGAGCAUAUCUUUGAUGAUGCCUACUGGGAAAAAUUGGACCUUGUUACCAAUGCUUUGGAUAAUGUUGAUGCGAGAACGUACGUCGAUCGUCGUUGUAUCUUCUAUAAGAAGCCAUUGUUGGAGUCUGGAACUCUUGGCACAAAGGGUAACACUCAGGUUGUGAUUCCAAACUUGACUGAGUCUUACUCAAGCUCCCAAGACCCUCCUGAGAAGUCCAUCCCAUUGUGUACCUUGAGAUCUUUCCCCAACAAAAUCGAUCACACCAUUGCCUGGGCCAAGUCAUUGUUCCAGGAAUAUUUUGCCGACUCUCCUGAAACUGUGAACUUGUACUUGAGUCAGCCAAACUAUGUUGAACAAACCUUGAAGCAGAACCCAGACAUCAAAGGUACCUUGUCCAAUAUUGCUCAGCUCUUGAACAACAGACCUUACACUUUUGAGGACUGUAUCAAGUGGGCAAGAAUUCAGUUUGAAACCAAAUUCAACCAUGAGAUUAAGCAAUUAUUGUACAACUUCCCUGAGGAUGCAAAGACUUCCAAUGGUGCACCAUUCUGGUCUGGUCCAAAAAGAGCUCCAAAGCCAUUGGAGUUUGACAUUGAGGACCCAGAUCACUUGAACUUCAUCAUUGGUGGUGCCAAUUUGUUGGCUUUCAUCUAUGGCUUGAAGGAGCAAAGUGUUGCUCCUGAAGACUACAAGAAGGUAUUGGAUUCCAUUGAUGUCCCUGAGUUUACUCCUAAAUCUGGCGUCAAGAUUGCCGCCAAUGAGCAAGAGGCCGAGGAGCAGGCUAGGCAACUCUCUGGCUCUCUUGACGAGGAAGAGAUCCAGAGGAUCGCUGCAACCUUGCCCGAGCCAUCAAGCUUGGCAGGCUACAGAUUAACCCCUAUCGAGUUUGAGAAGGAUGAUGACACGAAUCACCACAUCGAGUUCAUUACCGCAGCUUCCAACUGUAGAGCUUUGAACUACGCCAUUGAGACUGCUGACGCAUCGAAAACCAAAUUCAUUGCAGGUAAGAUUAUUCCUGCUAUUGCUACCACCACCGCUUUGGUUACUGGGUUGGUUUGUCUCGAAUUAUACAAGGUUGUGGCUCAGCACGACGAUAUUGAGGUUUACAAGAAUGGUUUCGUCAACCUUGCCCUUCCUUUCUUCGGCUUUUCCGAGCCAAUUAAGUCUCCAAAGGGUAAGUACAAUGGCAAAGAAUUUGAUCAGAUUUGGGACCGUUUCGAGCUCGAGGGAGACAUCACCUUGAAGGAGUUGCUCACUCACUUCGAAGAAAAGGAGGGCUUGGAGAUCUCCAUGUUGUCUUACGGCGUUACGCUAUUGUACGCCUCCUUCUUCCCACCAAAGAAGGUCAAAGAGAGAUUGAGUAUGAAGUUCACUGACUUGAUCAAGACCGUUAGCAAGAAGGAUUUGCCCCCUCACGCAAAGAGUUUGAUCCUCGAGGUCUGUUGCGACGACAAGGAGGGUGAAGAUGUUGAGGUUCCUUACAUCAAUUUGAAGUUAUGA